UUUGAAACUCUCAUUUCUCUUCCAGAAUUUCAACUCCCAUGGCUUCUUCCAUUGAUAACCAUGAGCUUCACUUCAUUCUGAUUCCUCUAAUGGCUCAAGGCCACAUGAUUCCAAUGACAGACAUAGCCAGAUUGGUAGCCCAACAAGGCGUCACCAUCACCAUCGUCACUACUCCAGUCAACGCUUUCCGAUUCCAAUCGAUCAUCGAUCGAGCUGCCGAAUCCGGCCUUCGAAUCCGACUUCUCAAACUUCGUUUCCCAUCUAUAGAAUUCGGAUUACCAGAUGGGUGUGAGAAUCUCGACAAUCUCCCCUCACGAGAACUGAUCAAAAACUUCUUCAACGCUGCAAGCAUGCUUCAACCAGCAUUAGAGCAAUCUCUUCAAGAAAUGGAACCAUACCCGAGCUGCUUAAUCUCCGAUAUGGGUCUUCCAUGGACUUCUCAUACGGCUCUUAAGUUUGGAAUUCCAAGGUUUUUCUUCAAUGGCAUGCCUCAUCGAAUCGAGCUAACAAAGGCUCAGUUAUCGGGAAGUGUUCGUGACGAUGAACCCUCUUUCACAGAAAUCAGAAAACAAGUUAGAGAAGCUGAGCGAACAGCGGAUGGUGUGUUGAUCAAUAGUUUCUACGAAUUGGAAACUAGUUAUGUGGAUGAGUACCAGAAGCUUAUGGGGAAGAAAGCUUGGUGUGUUGGCCCUGUUUCGCUAUACAACAAGGAAGCCUCAGAUAAGGCUGAGAGAGGUAAUAAAGCAGCCAUUGAUGAGGAUCAAUGCUUGGAAUGGUUGGAUUCGAGAGAAGCAGAGUCAGUCGUUUACGUUUGUUUUGGAAGCCUAUGUCCCUUGGCUCCUUCACAAUUGAAUGAGAUUGGGUUGGCUUUGGAGAGAUCGAAUCGCCCAUUCAUAUGGGUGAUCAGACAAGGCAACAAUAAUAAACCAUCAGAAGAGUUGGAGAGAUGGUUAUCGUAAGAAAGAUUUGAAGAGAAGACCAAAGGAAGAGGACUCUUGAUUCGAGGCUAGGCGCCACAAGUGUUGAUCUUGUCGCAUAGGGUGGUGGGAGUGUUCAUAACACAUUGUGGGUGGAAUUCGACUCUGGAAGGGGUGAGCGCAGGUGUGCCUAUGAUAACAUGGCCAAUGUUUGGAGAUC